GGCCGGGCGGGGCUCCAAGCAUGUGUUUGGGGUUUGUUGCCGGGGUUUCCUCGGUACUCGGCUAAGCCUCCGCCGUCUCCUUCCCCAAGGGUUUGUUUUGACAGGAAACGUGCCGCUGGAGGGGAGGGGCGGCCGGAGGACGUGGGCGAGGGGUGUGCAGACUCCCAACCCGUCCCCUUGACCGUCCCCUCAAACGCGGAAGAGGCGGGAAAUGCCCGUCGGGCCCAGGCUCAGACCCCAGGGCUCUCAGGGAUGGCUUGUGCUUCCCACAGCUGCCACUCUGGGUGGCACCACUUGAGGUAACAGCGAUGAUUUGAGGUGGCACGUGGACGAAUAUGGUUAAGUGUUUUCCUUAGUAUUAAGAAAAACUGUUCCAUUAUACCGAGCGAUUUCACAAUGAUAUAAAGUUUCUUUUCAUAAUAAAUGUAUUUUAAAUGCAAAAAUCUAGUCCAGAUAAAGAGAGGUGUUUGAUAGAGCACAGGUGAGGAUGGAAAUGUGGUAACAGGCGUGAAGAGUCUUACUCAAAGGGGAAAUAUUGUCUUCGAUGGUUGUCCUGUUACUUUCACCUUGAAGAAACUAGCCAAGUUGUCCUUGUCUCCGCUGGGCCCCUAGGCCCGUGAUUCCCGUGGUCCCAUGGCCUCCAGCCCAGUCAGAGACCUUGCUCUGUCCUACCUACCAAACUUAAUGAGGUUAUGGCAGUGGUUCCCUCUUUAGGAGGCACCCUGCCUGUCAUUUCCUCUUGCCUCCAGGGAUUUCAUACAUCAGUCUGGCAGCCCAUGGAGAUUGCCUGACUUGAAGCUGCCCAAGGCUGAAGAUACCCAGUCGUAUGGAAGCAGCUUCAGUGCCGUUUUGUGGGGUGGUUGAGGGCCCAGAAGGGGAAACAGGUACUAAAACAGGCCAGCCAGGGGUGGGAGGAGAAGUGUUUUUCUAAUGUGAAAAGUGCCUAGAAAUCCUUCUCCCUGAUGCUGUAAUGUUUUGUGUAGCGUGAACAUCUGCUUUUUUAGACAAUGGCUGGCUUUGUUGACUUUUAUCUAGCUCUUUGUUGGCUCUAAUUUGAUGAAGACCGGUAUUCUCUAGCUGAAUGGAGCAGGCACCUUCCUCCCUGCUUUGUGGUUUUUGCUUUGCUGUGUGUGAAUAACUUUUUAGUGCUGCUGUUUAGGACUCGUUCUAAAGCAGUAUUUUGCAGAAGAUGAAGAUUUUCCAUGUCAUCUGCAGUUUUUUUCCUUCAGAGCCCAGUCUUACUCCCCUGCCCUUUACUACAAGUAUGUGAAUACUUGCCCUUGCACCUGACCUUGAUCUGGUCUUGAAGGCUGAUGCCUACUAGAUGUUUCUUGAAAUUUUCUCUUUUCCAUGACUUAACCUGAAUUGGAUGGGUUCCAUUCCUCAGGGCCCUGCUAGAUAAACUGAAUUCACUUCAAAAUGCUUUUGACUCAUACUAGCUGUAAGCAAUUAACCCUUUUGAUAAUAUUUGGAUUUUAAGGAGGGAUUUUGCAGUGCAUAAAGAAUGGCUCCCUGAUGGGGGAUUUUCACUCUAGCAGGGUAAUUGAGAAUGAUUUUGGACAGUAGACUCUUUCAGUGAUGCCCUUUAUGGUUUAGCUCUUGAGCAGCCACCCCAGGGGUAAGGUCAGCUUGCUACCACAUAUGCAAGUGUUCACGUGGUGAUGGGUAGAUCGAUUUGGCAGAGUGGGAGUGAAAAGAAUGAGUGAUACACCAGAUUUUCUCCAGCUGUCCUAGAGUGGUAAAGAGCACAAACUUUUGGGAUCCACUGCCUGGAUAUGAGUUGUGCGUCUGCCACUGCCGUGAACCCUCAAGCAAAUAAUUUAACCUGUCUGUGCCUCAGGUUCUUAUAUAUAAAACAGAGAUAAUGAUAACCUAGCUAACAAGGUUAUAAUGAGGAUUCAAGGAGAAAAUACAUUUUAAGCACUGAUAUCAUAGGGGCCAAGUCUUAGUAAGUAAUAACUAUUAGCUUCAAUUGUUAUUAUUUACUAUCAGUUAACAUUAGGAGGGUGGAAAGGCACAAUGUAAAAGCUUUUUUAAGCUCUAGGAUUGUGAGUCUUUGCUAAUUUGAAUUAUGGAUGCCUUGGAAAUUUGUUGAGAUAGGCACUGGAAAUUGGACAAGGGAGACAUAUCUUCUUCCCUCAAGGAGCUUAAAAUUUAGUGGGGAGGCAGAUUUGCAGACACCUAUUGUACUUUCAGUGACUGCAUAAUACAAAUAUGAGCAGUGUGAGUGAGGCAGAGAAGGGCAGCCCAAGUUGUCUUGUGAAUAGUGUGGCUUAAUUUGUUCAUCAGUGAUGCUCCUUGAGCUCCGCUUCUAUUCCAGGCAGUGUUCUGAGAUGACUAACUUAAAUAGAAUGAGUGAGGAUGUCAAGGAAGUUCACUUAGAAGUUGUAAUAUCUGCUUUCAAAUCUGAAUGAUGACAGGGAUCCAGCCACACAGAGAUCAGGGAGUAGAACAUCCCACUGGGAGAGAAUAGCAGGUGUAAGUGCUCCAAAGGAGGAAGUUUAGUAUGUCUGAGGAUCCCAAAGAAGGCCAUUGUGUCUGGAGCAUUAAGGGUUAGUGGGAGUAUGGUACAGGAUGAAAUGGGCAGGGGCCCAAUCACCGAAGGAUUAUAAACCACUGCCAAGAGACUUCUUGGGAAAAGAGAACCCACCUGGAGAAGAACUCUUGAAAGGGAUGCUUUCUGUCACCUCUUCUGAAGGAAGGGCUCUGGAAGAUUUCCUGUUUUAUUCACUAGGCACUGUUCAAGAAGGACACUGGGACGAGUCUGACUGUCUGGAAGAGCUUUCAUAAUAGAGUGGUAUCUAAGCUGUUGCAGUGGUGGGAACAAUCAGGACCUAAAAACUGCAGGGGACUGGGCUGUUCUGAAUUAGGCUUGAACUUUUGGUUCAGUACUUCUUCCUCUCUUUUAACCUUUUGCUUGGAAAUAAUUUCAAACUUACAGAAAAAGUUGCAAGAAUGGUACCAAGAACUCUCUAUGUCUACCUUCGACUUGUACUCACCUGUUAACAUUUUGCUCCAUAAGCUUUAUUGUUUUCUCUUUUUCUCUCUCAUUUGAAUCAUUGGAGAGAAAGUUUUAUAUAUUACAGGCCUUUAUUCCUAAAUGCAUAAUCACAGUACAUUUAUCAACUUCAGUAAAUUUAACAUUGUAAUACAGACAGUAGAUUCAAGUAUUGUAACCAUGUUGUCAAGUGGCCCAAAAGUGUCUGUUUAUAGCAUUUUCCCCUCUUCCUGUACGGGAUCCAAUUUAGGAUCAUCUCUUGCACUCAGGUAUCAAGUCUCCUUUCAUCUGGAACAUAGCCUCAGCCUUUCUUUGUUUUUUAUGGCAUUGACACUUUUAAAAUUCAUAAUUUAUUCUAAUAAGAAUAAAAUAAUAGUUGAUAUCUAUUAAGGACCUAUGAGGAGCUGAAUAUUUGACAUAGACUGUUUCAAUUAUUCUUCACAACAAUUCUAGAGGUAGAUACUACUGUUGUUCCCAAUUUGUAAAUGGUUAAGUUCCCUGUCUCCAGUCAGUAAAUACCGAGAGUCGGGAUCAAGAACUAGUCCACCUGGCUCCAGAGCCAGUGUUCUUACUGCUUCUGUGCCAUGUGCAUUGUCACUGGUGGAUCUUCGCAAUCCUGAACCAGCACAGGAUCAUCUCCAGACAGAGUUUGCUGCAGAAGGGAAAUAAGGAAGUAAAGUAAUCUGGGCGAAGACUGAGGAUUCACUGGCAACUUAAAAACUGAUCUACCCUCCAGCUGUGGUGAAACACCGGACUAUCUCCUUCAGGUGCUCUCUCUUUCCCCACACUCCAGUGACACAAGAUGCCCUUCAAUGGCGAGAAGCACUGUGUGGGCGAGGACCAGCCAAGCGAUUCAGAAUCUUCCCAGUUUCCCGAAAGCAUGGCUUCACUCAGUGAUUGUGAGUGCUCCAGGCAGAGCUUUACAAGCGACUCCUCCAGCAAAUCCAGCUCUCCUGCUUCAACAAGCCCUCCCAGGGUUGUAACAUUUGACGAAGUGAUGGCUGCAACAAGGAACUUAUCAAACAUGACUCUUGCCCAUGAAAUUGCUGUAAAUGAGAACUUCCAAUUGAAACAAGAUGCCCUCCCUGAGAGCAGUUUGGCAGGUCGAGUAAGGCACAUUGUCCACCAGGCCUUCUGGGACGUCUUGGAGUCAGAGCUGAAUGCUGAGCCUCCCGAGUAUGAACAUGCCAUCAAACUGUUUGAAGAAAUCAGGGAGAUCCUUCUCUCUUUUCUGACUCCUGGUGGCAACCGGCUACGCAACCAGAUUUGUGAAGUUUUGGACACAGACCUCAUUAGGCAGCAGGCUGAACACAGUACUGUCGACAUCCAAGGCCUUUCCAACUAUGUCAUCAGUACUAUGGGAAAGCUUUGUGCUCCUGUGAGAGAUGAUGAUAUCAGAGAGUUAAAGGCCACUGGCAAUGUUGUGGAGGUGCUGAGACAGAUAUUUCAUGUCCUGGACCUCAUGAAAAUGGAUAUGGUCAAUUUUACAAUUAGGAGUCUGAGACCAUAUCUUCAACGCCAGUUGGUGGAUUAUGAGAGAACCAAGUUCCAAGAAAUUUUAGAAGAAACUCCAAAUGCUCUUGAUCAAACUACAGAAUGGAUAAAAGAAUCUGUAAAUGAAGAAUUACUUUCUCUUUCCGAGACCACUUUAACACCUGGGGCCGAAAAUAGCUCCAAGCCAUGCCUGAGCCCUACACUGGUGCUAAAUAACAGUUAUUUGAAAUUGUUACAGUGGGAUUAUCAGAAAAAAGAAUUACCAGAGACACUCAUGACAGAUGGAACACGACUUCAGGAACUGACAGAAAAGCUGAAUCAGUUGAAAAUUAUUGCCUGCCUGUCUGUAAUUACCAACAACAUGGUGGGAGCUAUUACAGAAGGCCUACCUGAGCUUGCAGUCAGGCUAAAAAGGAUUUCAGCUGUUCUACUUGAGGGCCUGAACAAAGAGACCUGUAACUUGAAGGAAGUCCUGAAUUCUAUCGGUGUUCAGACUUGUGUUGAGGUUAAUAAGACCCUGAUGGAGAAGGGUUUACCUGCUUUAAAUGCUGAGGUUCAGGCUAAUCUUAUAGGUCAAUUCUCAAACAUCGAAGAGGAGGACAAUCCUAUCUGGUCCUUGAUUGAAAAACGAAUCCAGCUGUACAUGAAAAGCCUACUUUGUCUGCCAAGCCCUCAAAAAUGCAUGCCUCCUGUGCCAGGAGGCCUUACUGUCAUUCAGCAGGAGCUGGAAGUGCUAGGCUGUCAAUAUGCAAACAUUGUGAAUCUCAACAAACAAGUGUAUGGACCAUUUUAUGCGAAUAUACUUCGAAAGCUGCUCUUUGGAGUGGAAGCCCUCAGGAAGGCGGAAGCUUCAUCUUCUACAAACUAAAGAGGAACUGACAUUGGAUAAGAGAUUGAAAAACCCAGCACUUAGGUACCAAGUCUGUUUCCAUCGAUGGCAUUACACAUGCGGCACAUUCUCAGUCCCGUCCAGGGUGCAGUGUUAACCUGAACCUGUGUAAUCCAGUAACAUUAGCAUUGCAGGAGACAUGCACAUCAUAUAGACUGUGUGCACCCUUUUCAAAUUCAAAAGAGAUGUUUUUAAUGAACAGAAUGCAAUUUGUAAUUAUAUUGCCUGUAUGAUACUUGUAAAUGUUUUCUUAAACGUUUAUAUCUGGCUUAUUCAUUCAACUCUAAAGGAGUUUUAUUUCCUCACUUGUCACUAUCAAAUCUAAUGGUUUUUAAAUUUUGGUACAGCUUCUUAAGGGUUGAAAUUUGUGAAAAUAACCAAGGGGACUGAUGUUCUGAAUAAAUGAUGUUAAGUAAAGAUAAUUGUAUUUGAAAUGUACAAUUAAAUUUUAUUAAUGUGUAAUAGCAACUUACACAGUAGGUCCUCAAAUUCUGCAGAUGUGCCAAGUCACAUUUUGUAAUAUCAAUUGUCAGUAUUUUUUAGAAUUUAAAUGUAUUAAAUACAGUUUAAAGCUACGUAUGAAUUUUAGAUAAAACCUCCCUUGUUCAUUUAGUGAAAACAGAAACAAAUCCCUUCUAAAAUUUUAUUCUAGAGGGUGGAUUCUUCUUGCAAAUUAUCCUGCUCUCUGAGAGAAGCCAUUUUUGCACACAUCUCUUCAUGAAUGUCCUUGCAUUUCUCAGGCCAUUGGUAAGGUUUAUAUAAGAUUUUAAUAUUUUUACAUAAGGCAGGAGUGGUUUGAAUUGGUUUACUUUUAAGAAGAAGAAGAGAAAUUCAGAUCUCCAUUCUCAGUGAAAUUCAGAUCUGGAAAAGAAACAGUUUAAUUUUGGAUUUUUAAAUCAUAUAACGUACUAGCAAAUGCCUUCUCUGCUGUUUAAAUUCUUACCCCACUAUGACAAGGAUACUUUUCUAAGUAUCAUCAUCAUUUGUCAUUUUCUUAUGCAUUAAAUCAGACUUUGCCAAGCUGGCACUAGUUGUCAGGAUUCUAGAGAGAGCUGCUUGUCCUGGAAUUACAUACUGCCUCUGAAGUGUUAAGGGAAACACUACCAUUUGGGCAGAUUCAGUCUGGAGAGACUUUACUUGCAUAAAACACAUUUUAAUUGUGUAGUUUUCUGAGGAGUGUUGAACCUUAGUAAUUUGAUGGGAAAGUAAGAAAUAGUACUCUUUUCUUCCUCACUGUGACCUCCACCAUUAAUUAUUCGACAAAGUUCUAGGAAAUGAUUAUGUGAAUAAAUUAUCUACAAUUUUUACAUUUUGGAGGCAUCUGUCAAAAUUGGAGGAAAAUUUGAAAGUCGAUGUUUUUUUCUCACAAUGACCAAUGCAUAAAUUAGCCAUUCUAUCCAUUUAAGUGGUUGUACAUUAAGUGGAAUUUUACUGAAGAGCACGUCAUUGGUCUUACCCGUGUUUUCUUUCUUCCUAUAUUUCCAUUCUGCUCCUGUUUUCCUAUCUUAGAAACCAUAUGGUGCUGUAGAUUUUUUGUUUUCAUUGUCUUUUAAGUUGAAGUCGUUUUCGGCUGUGUUCACUUUGGGGCCUGGACAGCAGGGAGGGUCUGACACAGAAAGGUAAUGUGUAGCGUGACUUUCUGUUGCUUUCUGAGGUGAACUGUGUACUUAACAGGGAGACCAGGUGGUGCACUUAUUUAUUUUCAGAUUGGAAUCCACCUGGUAUUCUUAUAUACUUGAUUUUACUGCAGUUGCCAGCAGGAAAACAAUGUGCAAACGUUUUUUAAAAAAAUGAAUUUAAAAUUAAGGGCAUUCUUUUUUUUAAGUGUCAAAGUAAAUCUCAAUGUCUCAAGUCUGGAUUUAGGUAACUACAUUCAUUAACAUUUUAAAAUCAUAUCCUUUAGCAUGUUUAUUUGGUUUUUACUUAAAUGUUUACUUCUGCUUUUGAGAAUUUUCUUAACAUGGUCUUAUUUUGUAAGGUCAAUUUUAUUAAACACCAUACACAUAUUUUCAUUCUUUCCUGCUAAGACAUGUAUUGUGUACACUAGUUAAAUUUUAAAACAUUAAAAAUUAUUUCGAGAUAGCUGUUGUCUCUGUUUUCUAAACCACCUUUGGGUAGCUCAGGGCUAGAGUAUUGCACAGUCUUUACUGCAGUUGUUCUAGGACUCUUCCGCUGAUUGUCAGAGCCUCACAGACAUCAGGUCACGUUCAUUCAUUAAGUCAACAAAUACCUAUUCAGUGUCUACUAUGUGCUACAAAGUAUCCUAGGUGUUGUGAUACAUAGAUGACUAGCAGACACUGUCCUGAAGAAGUUUAUAACCUAAUAGGAAGGAUGAACUUGUGAACAGUUAUAAUAAAGUAUAAUUUGAGCUAUAAAACAAAUUAAUACACACAGUGUGAGGAAAAAUUGCUUGACUGUUUCGUGGAGAUAGAUCAUCCUUGAGCUGAAAUGAAAGGUAGGCAGGAACUUACCAAGAGGCCAAGAAAGGGAAAGGCACAGGUCAAGUGCACAGUGAGUGCAGUGGUAUGGAGAAAUGGUGGGCCCAGGGACCAGCCGACAGAAGAGUGAAAGUGGUAAGAGGGGUACAGAAAGGUAAAAGGCUUCGGGAAGGUCUUGCUCAAAUAUGUGGGGUUUGUCCUGAAAGAAAUAAAGAGUCAUCAAAUCUUUUGAAAUAGAAGGUCACAAACAAUUUGUGUUUUGGAAAGAUUGUCCUGGCAAAGGCCACUUGCUUUUGCUAGAACAUUCUGUGUUGUGUGCAUGUGCAUACAGGCACUCACACAGGAACACAAGGCACAAGCAGUAGAAAUGGACUCUGGCUAACAGAAGCAGGGAGACCGUUUACUGGGGAGGUAUUAAGUGUCUUACAGAAUCUAUUUAAUCUGGGGAGUUAGUCUUGGAAAAUGGAUAGAAAUCAAGGCAAUGCAAGCGGCAAGACUCCAGCCAAGCUGGAUUCAGUGCGGUGGCUUCAGAGGUUGAUUUCUCAACUGUCCUUGCUGCUUUGCCUCAUUUGCUCAAUACUUAAAGUCCUGGAUAUCAACAUUCAUUCAGAAGAAUCUCUGUCAAGGGCUUCACGCUCUCACUUGCAGGAGACGGAAUGAGAGAGUAGCUGACUCUUAGACUCCCAUGGAUCCACCAAGGUCACCCAACCAGAGAUUUCUCCCAAAUAGGAAGGGCAUGCUGAGGAGCAGAAAGAGCAAAACAAAUCUACUAUCAUGUACAUUGAUGAGGUCUUUAAAAUCUGAAUGGGAGAAAUGUGUGAGACCAUUCAGUCCAGCGUCACUUCUGAGAAUGACACCAACAGGCGAUUCCAGGAAGGGCAUAGUCAAUGAAGUCAAUGUUUAUUUGUGUGUGUAGAUGAACAGAUAGCUCCCAGGUCACCGUGGCCUCAGUAUAUGGCCUUACUUCUCAACUGUAGUUCAAAGUGUAGGGUAGGUUGGUGCGUGUGGCAGGAGGCUCUACUCCAUUCAGCCACUCAGGGACUCAAAUCCCAUCUAUCUUGUAACUCAGCAGUUCCCUAGAUCUUCAGUCUCAUUAAUCUCUCAGAAGAUAGAGAAAGAAAAGGAUUGUCUACUUCCAGUCACGGUGCAUUGGCCAGACCUCAAUCAUAUGGCCCCCUCUCACUGCAAGGGAGUCAGAAAAAUGUGCCAAGGAGAAAAAGGCUGGCACAGGUACUGGGUAUUGGUGUUGGUAAGCAUCAGCAUUCUCUACCUCAAAUCCCUCCGGCUUCCUUGAAUAAGUCCUAUGAAUCCUCUUUUCCUGAAAAUAAGUUUAAAAUCAUGUGUCUGCUCUGAUCUUUUAGUGGUAGCUCCCCAGAGCACUGUGUUGAGAGGAUUUUGAAGCCAAAUCCAGGAUAAGCAGUGAAGAAUUCUGUGGCUGAUUGGCAAAGUAUGCCCUGGGCAUGGGGCGUUCCACCUUUUUGUGCAACAUAUAUAUUUUUUUCACUUGAAUCCUUCUUGAAACUAAAAUUCAGCCUAUUCUACCUCUGGACAUGUUAAAUACCAACAUUUUCCACUCAUUAUUCAGUACAAGUAGCAUGGGACUGAGAGUCGUAAGACCUGAGUUUGAAUUCACUUCUACUUAAUAGCUAUAUGACCUCAAGCCAGUCUUUUCAUCUCCCUGAAUAUCCAUUUCCUCCCCUACCUGCCUGCCUCACAGAGCUAUUGUGAGAAUCAAAUGAGAUAAUGUAUUUGAAAUUGUCUGCAAACUCUAAAGCAUAAUGUGGCCAGAAUACAUUACAAUAACUAAUUUAUUAGUCCUAAACCUCUUUCAAGCUUCAAGAGGUUUUAGUAUGGUGAGAUAUGAUGAUUGAGUACUUAAGUACAUAAGACCAAAAAUUGUCAAAUGUCAUCAGAACCAUGGUUCAUUAAGCCCCAUAUUGUCAUUGGCAGAGAAACUCAAGGGUACGUAGAAGGCUGCAGUUAUUGUCCUUAAUGUUGACUUCAAAGGAUAGUGACACAACCCAACCUGUUCUAAUUUCGUUUAGUAAUCAGGUAUGACUUUAUCCUCCAUGAUUUAAUCUAACCUUUUAGAAAGUACGUUUGUUUUACCAACUUGCGCCCUCUUGUUCUCUAUUUUUGAAGUGAAGCUUUAUCUUUUUAUGUCGAAGCUCAGUGUGCUAGCCUCUUUCAAUUUUCAAGAGAAAGGGAUCUAGGUAUUUACUGUAAGGCUUUAAGAAGAAAGGAAACCCAGGAAUCUGUCCCAGCAGCUGCACUUGCAGGAGUGGGAGAGAACCUGAAUAUAAUUUUUUUCCUUUCAGAAUAUAGUAAAAUAAUAAUAGCCACUGAGCAUUUACCAUAUGACAAGGGCUACCCUAAGCACUUUAUAUAAGUGAUCUCAUAUAACGGCACAACACGCUGCAAGGCAGGCUCCGUCAUUAUUUCCAUAUGUGCAAAAUGAGACUCAGAGAGGUUAAUGAAGUUGUCCAAGGUCACAGAGCUGGUAAGUGAAUUUGAACCCAAAGAGUCAACCCUGGAACAUGUGCUGUUAACUACUUGCUAUAUUGGUUUCCUUAGGCUAUCCAAUCAGUAAUAUUUUUUGCUGUCCCAAUGCUACCAAAUGCUGACUUGGGAUUUACUUGUCUGUUUUUGUUUCCCUCCCUUUUGGUGUGUCUUAAUUGAAAACUUCCCCGGAAAGAGAAUAUGAUUGGGUCUACUUGCCACGAGUCAGUAUGGACAACCCCUCCCCGACUCUUCUGCCUUGGGCAGGGGUCUCAUGACAAGCCACUUGGGCUCCUUUAUGUGGUUGUCUUUAGCAGGUUGCUGGCCCUAUCUGUUUGACAGGUUGAUAAGGUACCAUGACACAAAGCAAGGCUUUUCAGAGAAAGGCCUGUGGGCCUGGCAGGCAGCUGGAGGUUUUUGGACCAUCCAGUCUUGUUCAAAGUGCAGAAUGUUCUCUGAUUACAGUAGAGGCUUCUGUCCCUGCUUCUCCUCACCUCUCUGUAUGUGAAGUGACAGACUUCAAGGACUGCCCUUUGCCCUUGCCUUUUCAGACUGAAGAGCCCUUAUUCUUUCUCCAACAUUGUUCUGCUCUCUAGUUCUGCUAUGAAUUUAUUCAGGUGUAGAAAUCAGGGCCACAUAUUUUUUCACAGUCUGAAUGCACCAAGGUUUUGAAGAAGAGAGGAUCAUCUUUUUUCCCCUUUGUUUCUAGUAUCUUCAAGUUGAAGCCUCUCAGAAUACAGUCUAAUCUCUUUAACAUGAUAUAAAGGACCAUAAUAGUCUGGCCUCAGUGGCUCUUUCUAGUCAUCUAUAGACACUUUCCUCAGCAAGUCCUGUCAGAGAACCACACUUGACUCUAAAGCCUCCAGGCCCCUGCUCAGGCUGUUUUUCUCUGCUUGAUGUCUCCUGCCCCCCAUCCCUUCAGUGUUGUGUUAUGAUAAAGUAGUUAAAAGCGUGGGCUCUGGGGUCAGAUAAGUAUGGAUUCAAAUUCCAACUCCACUUGGCAAAUCUCUUAAACCCUACGAACCUUAGUCUUCUCACCCGUCAAGUGGGGAUUACCAUCCUUAUCCCCCUUGGUCAGUAAAUCAGAGAGUGCACAUCAAAUAGUUAUUCCAAUGCCUGGCAAAGAGUAAACAGUCAACAGAAGUGCUUCCUAACGUUCCAGGGCCCAGCCUGGACACUCCUGCUUUUCUUUUUCCUUUGUUCUCCUCUAACCAAUGCCCACUGAUCUCCUCCCUGGACCCAUGGCUUCGGCCACUUGCUCAUCUGGCUACCACAAGACUUUAUACCUAGUGAUGAGGUAGUAUUCCAAGACAUUAACCAUCUUUCCUUCUGCAAUUUCCUUUCCCUAACUGCCCUGCCCUUUAUUCAAACCGCCAAGUCUUUUCGUACUAAUAUCUCAGGAAAAGAACGUGAUAGCAGAAUCAGAAGACUGUUCUUGGCUUUUUGGUUUCAAAGAUCCAGCCCCUUAGGGGUUCAGAAAGGCAUCAUGGAUUUGACCUGGGGUGCAAAUGCCGAUACGUUGGGGGGCUAGGUAGCUGUAAUGAGAAAAGGAUUGUGGCAGCUGUGGUAUAAGGGUGGACACUACUCAGUGUCAGCCAGUUGUUCCCAUGGAGUACUCUGGGACUGCUGCUACCAGAUCCUGCUCUUUUCAAGAGAAACCAAAAGAAAACAAAAAUCAGAAUUUGAAAAAUCAUGAAAUGUAAUAUUGAAUUUAUUAUCACUCAUUGCAUGUUUUUCUUUUAAGUCAUUUAUUUAACCUAACUUUAUUCAGGAACAAACGAUGAGUUAGAACCUGAGAAUACAAAAACAAGCAAGAUGUUACUGUUCCAGGACCUCCCAUCUGAAGGAGAGUUAGACACAUAUGGCAUUGAGUGAUAAAUCUUAUGUUAGAGAGUGAUUCCCAAAGUGUGAUCACUGGGCCAGCAGUAUCAGCAUCAUCAACUGGGAACUUAUUAGAAAUGCAAAUUUGCAGGCCCCAGACCAAACCAACGGAAUCAGGAAGUUGAGGUUGUUUUAGCAAGCUCUCCAGGUGAUUGAGAGGCAUGCCAUAGUUGGAGCACUACUCUGAGAGUGGAAAGCAAAGAUGACUUUGGAGCAGAAAGUCCAUACAUCUAGGCAAAAUUUGAGAUCUCCUACAUCGAAAUCAAUCCGCCGUCCCUUCCAGGCUAGAUUCUAAAUAUGUUGCUCUCUGGUAGUUCACAAGAAUAAUUCAAAAGUGUAUCUGUGUCUUACAUGCACCCCAAUGUUCACAGCAGCACUAUAUACAAUAGCCAAGACAUAGAAGCAACCUAAAUAUCCAUCGACAGAUGAUUGGAUAAAUAAGUUGUGGUAUAUUUUUACGAUGGAAUACUACUCAGUUGUAAAAAAAAAAAAAAAAAGAAUAAAAGAAUGCCGUUUGCAGCAACAUGGA